GCUGCAGCAACGUGCAUCAGUUCCUCUCUGACCCCAGUGUUAAUCUGCAUUCAGGCUGAGUCUCUUCUGUUGUUUUUUUUUCAGCUGCUCGACAUUAGAGUAGCAUAUUACGGGGGUUCGCAGUCUGUGGCAGUUUUUUAGGGCCCUGUUAGACUUACGAGUCGCCAACAGACGCAAAAGAAAAAAAAAAGAAAAAAAAAAAAAAAAAAAAAAAAAAAAAAAAAAAAAAAAAAAAAAACAAGCGACGCGAAAUCAAGCUUUCUGCUCGCAUCGAUUUUGUUUGGGCUGAUUUCCCUUCACCGCACGUCCGCAUCGGGUCUAGGUUUGCAGACCCGCUACCGCUAACGUGCGUAAUGUAUCGUAGAGAGGAAACACAGUAAAUAGACGGAGACGUCCAUCUGCAAUAAAGAGGAAACGAAGAUGGUGAUGAUGGCUUCACCGAAUUUUGCCUCCAAAUGCUCGACAGCAAUGGCGAAGCCUUCCCUUCCCCUGAAGCUGUUUCUCUGGGUGUUUAUUGUCGUUAAUCUGCCUGCAAGCUCCUUCCAGACUGAUGAGGAUGAUGAGGCUACCAACAAGACGUGGGUGCUGACUCCCAAAGUGUUCGAGAGUGACGUCACACACAUCCUAAACAGCCUACUAGACGGAUAUGACAACAAGCUCAGACCUGACAUCGGAGUGAAACCAACAGUGAUCCACACAGACAUGUUUGUCAACAGCAUCGGGCCAGUAAAUGCCAUCAAUAUGGAAUACACCAUCGACAUCUUUUUUGCUCAGACCUGGUACGACAGGAGGUUAAAAUUCAACAGCUCGAUGAAGGUUCUACGUCUUAACAGCAACAUGGUUGGGAAGAUCUGGAUCCCAGACACUUUUUUCCGCAACUCGAAGAAGGCCGACGCCCACUGGAUCACCACACCCAAUCGCAUGCUUCGUAUCUGGAAUGACGGUCGGAUACUCUACACCCUCAGGUUGACCAUCGAUGCCGAGUGCCAGCUUAAACUGAACAACUUCCCGAUGGAUGAGCACUCGUGUCCCCUGGAGUUUUCAAGCUAUGGCUACCCCAGGGAGGAGAUUAUUUACAAGUGGAAAAGAAGCUCAGUUGAGGUCGGGGACAUUCGCUCCUGGAGGCUCUACCAGUUCUCCUUCGUGGGCCUGAGGAACACCUCUGAGAUUGUCAGGACUGUCUCUGGAGACUAUGUGGUGCUGACCGUCUUCUUUGACCUGAGCAGGAGAAUGGGCUACUUUACCAUUCAGACCUACAUCCCAUGCACCCUGAUUGUUGUCCUCUCCUGGGUCUCAUUCUGGAUCAACAAGGAUGCUGUACCUGCAAGGACAUCAUUAGGAAUCACCACUGUGCUGACCAUGACCACGCUGAGUACUAUUGCCAGGAAAUCCCUUCCAAAGGUUUCCUAUGUGACUGCCAUGGACCUGUUUGUGUCAGUCUGCUUCAUCUUCGUCUUCGCCGCACUUAUAGAGUACGGCACGCUGCACUACUUUGUCAGCAACAGGAAGCCGAGCGCCAAAAAGGACAAGAAGAGGAGAAACCCGCUCCUCCGGCUCUUUUCCUCAAAGCAGACACCCACGGUAGACAUCCGUCCACGCUCGGCCACAGCCAUUCAGAUGAACAACGCCACGCACAUGCAGGAGCGAGACGAAGAGUAUGGUUAUGAGUGUCUGGACGGGAAGGACUGCACCAGCUUCUUCUGCUGUUUCGAGGACUGCCGCUCCGGAGCCUGGCGGCACGGCAGGUUGCACAUCCGUGUCGCCAAAAUAGACUCAUAUGCGCGCAUCUUCUUCCCCACUGCAUUUGGUCUCUUCAACCUGGUCUACUGGGUCUCCUAUCUCUAUCUCUAGGCCUGGGUGGGUUUCCAGCCUCAUCAUAUAGCUCAUGUCAUUCUACAUAUGCUCUGUGCCAGCAAGUGACAUUGCGAAGGAGGGGACCCACUGAAAUACCCACUGAUUUGAUUUAAAGCAUUUCCUUUAAUUUCUUAGUUUUAAUCUCUUGAGAUGUUAGCUUUAUUAUUUGAGAACUUUAACAGACAUUGCAAAUAUUGUAGCAUUACAUUUAACUGGUAUGAGGAGGUUUGUAAAUGUGUUGUGAAAUCAUUGAUUGUGUAAGCAAUUAAGAGGAUUCACAAGGUUGGGUUUUUUCUGGUUUUAUGAUAUGAUUUUGGACAUUUUAUUUUGGAAUUCCUCCUCCAUUUCUUCACAAUGGGUCUUCUACUAAUUGCUUUAUUUUAAGACAAAUGCAUCCCUUCCAUAGAAAACAAUUGACAUGAAUAGCAAUUCAGAUCACAUCAAACGCUUGAAAAAAAAAGAGAAAAUGUAUAUCUUAUCAUUCCUUUUCACUUUAAUUUUUCACUUAAAAUAUUAAAACACACAAUCUGAAGCACUUUAAUAGAGCUAUGUUUGACUGUGAUGCUAAUCUAAGUAAUUCAUUUAAGUAUUGGCACAAUUAAACAUUGCAUUUUUCAUGUGUGGUCAGAGACGGAGAGACGAUGCUAUUUAUGAAAAAUGCUCAACUGUACAGACGCUGUAUAUAGUUUACUAUUACAUAGUGGUUUACAUUUAUUGCAUGCACCUUUCAGGCCACAAAUCAACAUAUUUUAUGGUCUUCUGUUGUUGGCUAUAGAAAAAAAAAUAAAAAAUGAGCACUGUUGAUUAACAUUUAAGAUUUAAUUAAACUAUUUUCUAGAAAAAUAGGAAAAUGGAAUGAUAAAAAUGUGCCCGGUUUAUCCUCUUCAGUUGAGGAAUCAUCUUUGCAUACAAGGUAGGAGGAUCAGCCCAGAAUUUCAGGCCAGACAACUGGUUUAAUUAUUUUCCUCACAGCUAUUAGCUUACAGUAUAGACAACACUGACCUCUCAUCCUCCCCUACAUUUGCUGUUAAGAGUGUGCAUUUACAUAAUGACACACUUCUGUUGUAUUUUGGUUAUGCAAGAGAAACUGUACUAAAACAAGUAAUGUUUUAUUUUAAAAUCAUUGUUUGCCCUUUACAUUCCCAGAGUGAAAGCUGCAACAGUGUAAUCAUUGUGUGAGUUUCAAACGUAUCUACACUUUAAUGUGAAUGUCGAUACAGACAGCUGUUGGGUAUUUUGAAAUCCCUGCAGUGGGACAGGAUUCAUUCUAUGUGUCAUUCUUCUAAGUUGAGCAACAAAACAAAACGAAAAAAUAUGAAUUUAUAUCAAAUAAACUAAAGAACUUAAUCCAAGUACAAAAAAGUAUCUUCUUAAUUUGAGAAGAGAUGUGUAAACUUUAUUAUCAAGCAUCUCAUGUCCUAUCUGUUUCAGGAGAAACACUUUGAGAAUGUAAAUUGUUACAUCGUGAGGAAAUUGAUUCACUGGCUCGACAUAAUUUCAUUAUUUUUUGUAUUUUCUUUGAAAUUUUCCCUAUAAAAUUAGCUUGAAUGCCAUAAUAUGUGAAGCGAGCGGCUCACACAGUGAAAGCAUCUGAAUUGUAAAUGUUAUGUAUGAUAACAUGUAACGCACAUGAAUUACAACCACUUACAGAUUACAAUUUUGAUAGACACCAGUAUGCAACAAAUGGAGACAGUGCUUCAGUAUCAUUUGUAAACUCAAAAGGAGUGGGUGUACAUCACAUUGUUUAUGUAAAUAAAUUAUGAACAGAAGAAAACACUCGUCCUGCCCUUGGGAUUUUGUAUAAGGGUAUAUAUUUUGUAAUUUCAGCAUUGUUACAAUAUAUCAUCAUACAGUAUAUUAGACUUAUUGUAUUAUGCUGAACUGACCAUGUAGAAUACUUUGGGGUUAUGGGGUAUUUAUUUAUUUAUUCAUUAAUGGUAUUUAUUUAUUUAUUUUAUUUGAAACAAAGUAUUUCAUGUUUAUAUAGCCCCUAAAAAGAAACACAGAAUGCUGUCAUUUAUAUCAAAGAUACAUUUUUGUUUGAUGUGUCAAUGGAGCUUGAGCUUAUUUAUCUUGUGUUUUCUAUGUUGUGAUCGAUGUACACUACUCUCACAAAGGCCUGUCAAAAUGUUAUAUCUGUUGAAUUUGUGAGUUGCAACAUUACCUUUUUUUGCAGCUUCUGAGUAGUAGACUAUUUUCAGGGGGGGGGGGAGAAACACAAAAAACAGUUCCCAAGCCACCAGAAGAAGAAGAACAUUUGCUUGUCGAAGUGACUAUUGAUUAUAUCCAUAUAUUUGUUUUCCACCUCCGCAAGGUUUUCAUCGGUCUUGGUAUUUGCCAUCUUUAAUAAAGCAUCAAUGAUGAUAUUAACAUAUGCAUUUACCAGAUUAUCUCAUAUUUCCUGAAGUUCUUUCCCUUUCGUAUUUAAUGAUGGCCCUGUUGUUUCCCGAAGCUGCCACUUAGUAGUCCGUCUUCAGUGUGCACAUACUCUUAUCUCUGACAUCUUUAGGGACGUAGGUGUGUCAAUAGCGAUGUAGAAUGGUCAUCAUCAGUGUUCUGUAGUUUAAAGUGCCAAACUGACACACAUGCAAUAGAGAAUAUCAAACCAUAAUAUCAUUUGUGAAUCCACUUUUACUGCCUUAUAGUAAAAACAUAUGCUAAAAGUGCGUGUUUCCUUGAAGGAAAUGCUAUGCAGCAAAAGUUGGCCACAUCCUAUUUCCUCAGACAUUUUUCUUUUUUUGUAUGUUGUUUUGUUUGUUAUUGAUAUGGUACUGAUCCAAAAGCAUCAGGACAAUUGUUUGAAUGUAGACCAGACCAAUAAAAAAACAAUCAUUAUAUCACGGCUAACACAAAGACAUUUCUGAUUCUGACUUUAUCAGGAUGCUGGGUUUGUAAAUAACCAAGCAUGUCUUGUGUUUGGAUAACAGUGUGCAAAAAACAAACAUACUCUAUGGCAUUUUAUUAUUUCCAUGAUGGUAAGAGCUUGUUUAUAAUUUUUCUUGUGCACUCUACUGUAAAUUCCGAGCUAUAAAGGCAUAUGGGAGAUACAAUUUAUUCAGUGGUGUGCAUGUUGGAUAUGUUUUCACAAUUGGGACUAAUUCAAGCACCGUUUCAUCUGGUCUCAGUCCUUUUGCCUGCAUUGACAUGGACGUUUAUUAUGCCGUGCUUAUUUUUGACAAGGUGAUUUUAUUUAUUUUGGGACACACAAAUGAGACACAUUAUGUGAACCGCACAUGUAGAUAUUUUCUAUUGUUAUGUAUUUUGUCAAACAGAUGGAAACAAAAUAAUACACACUGGAAUUACGGAGCUCAAAAGGUAUCCAAGAACAAAAUUUAUUUCAUAUGAUCCUCAUACAUACAUUAUGUUAGUUGUUUGUCAUCUAUGUAUAUUGAGUAUUGUAAAAAAAAAAAAAAAGGGGGGCACUGAUCAAUUCUGUUAUGGUCUGCAUUAUAUACUAUACAUGUACUGGAAAAAAUCCUUUUCAUAAGGGAAUGGCACAUAGCUGUGGAAUUUUACAAUAAAAUGAUUGCAUUUAUCACUGGCAUAGGUUCAUCAUUAUUAUGUAUUCCUGUAUGUGUACUUGUGGUUGUAAUAUUUCAUUGCUAUGCUAUAUUUUUAAUAUAUAUGCGUUACCAUGAACAGACAAGCAAGGAUAAUUCCUACAUUAAAAUUCAUACUUGA